AUGCAUGACCUCGUGCAUGAUCUUGCAUGCUCUGUUGCUGGGAAUGAAUGCGCGAUUGUGCAGGUCAAGAAUUCAAUGAGUAUCCCUAACAUAUCUCAUCGUUUGUUGUUUGAGUGCGGGUAUAACAUAUGUGUCCUAACGGACCCAAAGCCCUCAAGGAGAGUAAACCAUUUGCGAACGCUGCUUGUGCUUGGAAGUCAGUAUUUCAGCAUUCCUCGUAAUGCUUGGGUACAGUUUAUGUUCUUACGCGUGCUAGAUUUAAACUGGGUGAAUGUCACCACGGAGAUGUUGGUUUCAAUAAGCAGGUUGAAGCACUUAAGAUACCUCGAGCUGUCUAUUUUUGAAAUACGAGCCCUUCCUGAAUCCAUUUGCACCCUUCACCAUUUGCAAACCUUGAAACUCUCGGGGUGUUAUAAACUUGAAGAGUUACCCAGGGACAUGAGCAAAAUGACUAGUCUAAGACAUCUUGAUAUCAGUGAAUAUGAUAAAUUGACCCAUACGCCAGCUAAUAUGGGAGAAUUAAAGUUCCUUCAGACCUUGCCAAUAUUCAUAGUUGGUAAGGAUAGUGGAUGUGGUAUAAGAGAGCUGCAAGGUCUAAACCUUGGAGGAGAAUUAACUAUUCGAAACCUCGAGAAUGUGAUGUGUGUAGCAAAUGCCCAGGAAGCAAAUUUGAAGCAUAAGCCGAACCUUCGUAAGUUACACUUUUCGUGGGGUCGCGAUAUUGAUCUUCAGUUGGAAGGAAACGUGGAGCAAACACUUGAAGGUCUCCAACCACAUCCAAAUCUCAAAAGGUUGACUGUGGAAGAGUACAUGGGUGUCAGAUUUCCGCAUUGGAUGUGUUCUUCAUUGCUUCCAAAUCUGAUUGAAGUUUCAGUGAUUAAUUGCAGAAGAUGCGAACAGCUCCCCCUGGUCAGCCGCUCACCAUUCAUUAAAGUUCUUGUGAUACAAGGAAUGUAUGCUUUGAAAUCUAUUGACAACCAUUUCUCUGGCGGUGAUGAUGUUACAGAGGGAUUUCAGUCACUGAAAGAACUCAGCUUGAUAGAUAUGCCUAAUUUAGAGUGGUCAGUAUUCAAUGGAAGAGAAGUACUACUCCCUCACCUUGACAAAUUAACUGUCUCAGGAUGUCCAAAGUUAACAAUGCUUCCAUGCCUUCCAUCUCUUAAAAAAUUGAAAUUGACAGAUGGUUAUGAGAUGUUGUUAGAUUCAGUGGCAAACCUAACCUCACUUUCCUCCCUCGAGGUUGAAGGUUUCAAGGAGCUAAGGUCGCUGCCAGAUGGGUUGUUUGAAAACCAUACCCAUCUCUUGAGUCUAGAAAUUAAGGAAUGCCCAAAGCUAGAGUCUGUAUCUAGGGAGCUUGGAAACCUUGCUGCUCUACGGUCUCUGAUUAUUUAUGGGUGUCAUGAGCUUGCAUUGUUGCCAGAGGAGUUACAAAACCUCACCUCUCUCCGUCGGCUGUCCAUUGAUAGGUGCAAUGGUCUAACGUCCUUGAGACUACAAGGCUUGAGCUCUCUUCGAAGUCUAUUCAUCCAGUGGUGUGAAAGCUUAACGAGUUUGAUAGGGGGACUGCAACACCUCACUGCCUCACAAUCCUUGAAAAUUAAUAUAUGUCCGGAGCUGGCAUAUUUACCAGAGGGUAUGCAACACCUUACUUCCCUUCGAAGACUCAGAAUCAGGAGCUGUCAGAAGUUGACAUGUUUCCCGGAAGGGCUACGACAUGUCACAACACUGGAAGAUCUAUCAAUCGGUGGAAUGACUCCGCCGGAGUGGAUAGGAAACCUGUCCUCGCUUCGACGUUUGGAGUUUAUAGGCAGUGAUAAAUUGACGUGUUUACCAUCAGGGCUGCAACUCCUAACUAACCUCCAACAGCUACAAAUCUGGGAUUGGCCAUGUCUAACAGCUCUUCCGGAGUGGAUAGGAAACCUCUCCUCGCUUCGAUAUUUGGAAAUUUCCUAUUGUCGUAAAUUGGAGUGUUUGCCAUCAGGGUUGCAACUCCUAAGUCUGAAAAUCAGAUGUUGUCCCCAAUUAGAGAAGCGAUGCGAGAAGGAGAAAGGCGAGGAUUGGCACUACAUAUCACACAUCCCAUAUAUCUGUAUUCAAAAGGAUUGUAGGCACCACUUCUCACUCAAAACUUAUCUCUGCUUUAUAAUUAAUUUGAGGAUUUCUACUGGAAAGCUUUUUACUAAUAAUAUGUUUGGGAAUUUUAUAAAAUACUACAUCAUUAAGACUCUAUUUACAUCUUAGUACCUUUCUAAAAUGAUCUUCGCAUUAAACUGCCUCACUAAUCAAGGUAUUUGUCAAAGGAGUACCUUAUGUCAUGUUUUUCAUAAAAUGACAAAAUGCCCAUCCUUAAUGAUAUAACUCAAUUACUUAAAUGUACAUACCAUAUUUAUGAGGUGUUUAUUGUUGAAAGCUGGUGCUAGCAAGGGGCUAUUGGUCAGUGCUCUAUGGACUUAUUUGCCAUAUCAUUUUAUGGCAUGAUUCAAAAAUUAAGUCACCUCCAAAUCUCUGGUGGACCAAGGAAAUAGCGGUCUUUAAAUGCCCAUGAUUAAAAACUUCUUAGAGGCCACAAAAGCUUUGGAUCAAGCUUAUAUUUAUUCUUGGGAAAUGCUUUUUAAGAGGAUAAAUUACAAUAUUUCAGGGUCCACGUGGUAUGCAUCUCACAUCCAACUUGUCCAACAUUUGCACACUAACAUUAUUAUUAGACUAAAGAAAAACUUAAAAAUUCCAAUCAUAAGGUGGUUUAAUCCAUAAAAAAUAAUGUACACCAUUUAAAAUUUUCAAUUUAAGUGUAGCCUAUCUACUAAUCUGAUUGACCUGAUAUUUUGGUUAAGUUAUCACCACGGUGUGGUGCAUACGUUGGACGGUUUAGACAUUAUACACAGUGUACAUUGGCCCUACAAGUAUCAAGUUUCACUACUUAUUAAAGAAAAUAUGAGGGUAUUUUUGUAAUUUCAUCCCUCAUAAAGCAUCACCUCAUAAUUUUUAAUUUUAGAGGCUUUAUUUGGUAAAAUACAAAUUCCUUUACGGUAAAAUUCCCAAAAAAAAUAGAGGGCACUUCAGUCAUUUCAACUGACUAAAAGGCAAUCAUAUGUGCUUUCCUUUAGUCAAGGCACUUUCCACUAAAAAUGCCUUACUCUUGGUAGACGUAUUAUCAUUUUAAUUAAUUGUACUUCUUCAGGAGUGCGACCGAGCCACACAUGUGGGCAUCAAACGCCAAAGGCAAUUCAGGAGCUCAUGAUAAUCUAAGGCUUUUGCUACCUUGAAUGCUUGCGUGGUGGAAGUUACACAGCAAAUGCUCAGUUCAAAUAUAAGAUCAUCUAAAAACCAACAUUUCAUUGUGGAAUGAGAGUGGGACUCAUGCAAAUGAGAUGAAGGGGCCUAGCAGCAAACAUGCCAAUGCGGUACGCUUAUGGGCGACUGAGCAAGAAAGCUGGUGGUUGAACCAAAAAUCAGGCUGGUCUGCUUAUUAGGAUAAGAGACAUGUUUAAGGAUGGAAGUGGUUAGUGGAGGAGGGAAUUCUUGGCUAUUACAACUGAUGUGGAGAUUUUCUUGUCCUUUGGAAAGUGCAUUCUCGCUUCGAAACCGAGCACUAUUUUGAAUGAGUUAAGAUAAGUUGAAUUUUGUCGAAGAAAGAACCAAGCUAUAAACCAUGCAUGCAGCUUAAGGGAGGGGUAAGGAGGAGAUGAUCAGGUGGGACCCCUGAACUAGUGUGGAUCUAGAUGACAGUCCAUACAUGUGAAUAUGCUGCAUCACUCUUCAUCAAGCUUUCCUCUCCUCCCCCUCAUAACAAUAAAGCUGACAUGAGCAAUGCGAAAUCUUCUGUCUGCUCCCAUAAUUCAUUUUCGAU